GUGGUCUACAGUAGCGUAGGUCCCCGUCGAUGAACUCCGUAGUCUACUCCGAACUUUCACACGAGAGGGUACCAUCAGACGGUCCGCCGCUACGUUUUCUUCAGUUGCACACUUUCUGCGUCCAGAACCCAAGCCAACCUAUUAUGAAAACAUGUCGGUGAAUGAAGUGUACGUGUUUCGACCGUUUAAGCUGAUCGCUUUACUUUGUGUGUUCCUCGCACUGUGUUUAGAUAUUGUAGCACUUUUGAGCCCAGCUUGGGUUACAGCGGAUCGCUACUCUCUGUCGCUAUGGGAGGCUUGCAGUGAAACAUCGACGAGCUGGGACUGUACUUCCACACUCAAGUCCGACUGGCAGAUCGCCACACUGGUGCUGCUGCUGGCCGGUGCAGCCGUCACUCUGGUGGCCUUCCUCAUCGCCCUCAUCUCCCUCUGCAAGGGCACGCACAGGAAGCACUACCGCACGGUCGCCGUGUUCCUCUUCACGGCAGUGGUCCUUCAGGCCUGUGCCCUGGUCCUCUACCCAAUCAAAUUCAUCGACGGCACGGUGCUGCAGACCUACCACGAGUUUAACUGGGGCUAUGGCCUCGGCUGGGGCGCCACCAUCUUCAUGCUGGGGGGCGGGAUUCUGUUCUGCCUGCGAACAGAUAUGUACGAGGAUGCCAUGUACUGAGUCCUUCCCUGUCUCACGCAUAUGUACACACUACACACAGGCGGCACACACACACACACACACACACACACACACACACACACACACACACGCACACACACACAUACACUCAUGCAUACAAGCACAGAUCCAAAGCAUAGUGUACACAUGCCACAUAUAGUGCAUAGCUCACAUAACAGCUUCUUACAUUGCACCCUCAGACAUAUAUAUGCUGGCUAAGGCAAGAUGUGCACUGUUAAAGGGUGGCCCAGAGCAGAUGUAGAAUUGACACACACACACACACACACACACACACCACACACAUACACACACACAGGCUAAAAUUAAAAACAUUUGUAUGAAGAAAGAAGGUAUAGUUUUACUACACACAUACACAAACAGACAGACACACACAGAGACACACACAGACACACACGCACAUACAUACACACAAGGGCUCUGUAUUUAUAGACAGAGUGAGCGGGCCCGUACCCAGGCUGGUUGGCUGGCAGACUGACUGCUGGAGGUAUGAAGUAUGGGGAACAGCUGUGUGGGGAGGACUGGGGCUACUCGCUGCUCGGCCCGCCGGAAGAGCUCCAUCCUUGGAGAGGGCACGCUGGUGCCGCGGCCACGCCACACAGGCCUGAGAUGGGCAUCCCUCCCUCCCUCCCUCCCUUUCUCUCCCUCUUUCUCUCUUCUCUCUCUCUUCUCUCUCUCCUCUGUCUCCUUUCUCUCUGUCUCUCUCUCUCUCUCUCUCUCUCUUCUCUCUCUCUUUUCUCUCUCCUUUCUCUCUCUCUCUCUCUCUUUUCUAUCUCCCUUCUCUCUCUCUCUCCCUCUCUCUCUCUUUAUGUAUAUAUAGUAUAUAUAUAUAUAAUCUGGCUCCAGCUUCUUCACUCUAUCACUCUGUUCUUUCUUUCCUCUUUAAUUUCCAUUCAUCCCUUCAUCCUAUCAUCUGUCCUCACCCCCCCCCCCCCCCCCAUGCAGUCUCUCUCAUCCAGCGUGCAGUGCUUCAGUGCUUCAGCCCUUCCUCUACAGUGAAUCCCAUGGAUCUCCAAACUGACACCAAUGCGAGGAAAACGAAAUCUCGGAAGUUGCAGAUUGUCGGUUGCUUUCUUUUUUUUUAAGAAAAAGAAGAGUAAAAGUACAUAUAUUAUUCCUUUUUGUAUAUGAACUUUCUUGUGUUGCAUUUUAUGAUACAGGACAUAUCAUAUUGUUCAAGUGUUCAUAGCAUACAGAUGUAUUCUCUAAUAGGAAGAUAAAGUAUAUUUUAUGUUUUUGUCGUUUGAUUAUUGCAGUUUUUUUUUCUUGGGAUAGGGCACAGAAAAACUCUUGCAGAGUUUCUU